AUGGACCCAAGUGAGGAGUUUGUUGUACUCGACGAAGAGGCAGCAGCCGCCCGAAACAUGGCUGUUGAUCGCUUAAGCGUGCUAAUAGACCUUUUCAGCAAAGCUUUGGAUUCUGUUAAUCAGUCUAACGUUCUGCUUAAAGAUGAGCUCCGAUCAGCCCUCACUGUGACGCUGCAACAUGUGGUACCGUAUGACAGCACCCUCAUAGAAGAUUUGGUAAAAAAGCUUGACGGGGUCUCCCUUAGCACAGAGGAAGUCCGCGCUAGUUACGUCAGGCGAUUGUGCUCUCGACUGGUGGUCGUGAACGAAGAGAAGCAAGCCUUAGAAUCUGAAAACAAUUCUUUACGAGAGUCUUUAAAACAGAAGGAACAUGAGUUUACGACAUUUCGGACUAAUAUAGCUGAGGCCGCACUUACUGUCCGGGACAUUGAGAUUAUUCUUUCAAAAUUGGAAAACAGACCCAGGUGA